GAAGCCAUUGGGCUAACGAAUGCUGCUCUGUAAAAGACAUCAAUGGCCAGCCCUUGACUCAAGGCUAUGGUGGUACUCGUCCAAAAAACGGACAGCAGGGCCCACGACCCCAGGGCCCGCAAAUAUAUGGGGCAGUAGAGAGUCCAGACAAAGAACAGAGUCAGGAGAGAUGGCCAACAUUUCGCCAUCUGAAAGACCGCGGAGAGCCACUGCGGACUCAGCAGGAUUGGACCUCCAUUCCACCACCAGACUCAUAUUAACGCCCCAGAUGGGGGUCCAGUUAAUUGAAACAGAUUUUAAAGGACCCCUUGAACCUGACACAGUGGGUUUAUUGUUAGGGAGAUCAUCAUCAGCAUUAAGAGGACUUAUUGUACAUCCUGGAGUUAUAGAUCCAGAUUACACAGGAGUGGUUAAGAUUAUGGUAGCUUCCCCACAUGGAAUAACAGCUAUUUCUCCUGGAGAUAGAAUUGCUCAGUUGGUCAUCUUGCUGAGCUUACAUGAUCGCUAUGUGGCAAGAGAUCAAGACAGAGGAAAAGGAGGUUUUGGGUCCACAGGCACAGAUUUGAUUUUUCUUUCCCUGGAUUUGGACCAAUGCCCCGUCUUGGAGUUAAAAGUUGAUGGCAAAAAGAUCCUGGGCCUUUUGGAUACUGGAGCAGACAGGAGUAUUAUAGCGAAGAAAGACUGGCCUUCAGGUUGGCCAGUACAAGCCUCUUCUCAAACACUCCAAGGCCUAGGUUAUGCAAAAACUCCUGAUAUGAGUGCAAGACAAAGUGGCAGGAUCAGGAAGGUCAUUCAGGAGAUAUGCAGCCAUAUGUACUUGAGCUCCCUAUCUCCCUUUGGGGAAGAGACCUCUUAA